AGCGACCUUGCGUAAUGAAUACUUGAGCUGUGGCGUGCAUAAAUUUAGUGUACGUUUGUGUGGCCCGUCACCAUCUUGUGCGUUUUUCUGGCGUUUGAUCGGAAUAACGGCAAAUAAAACUGAAAUCAUCACGUUUGGGAGAUUGUAGCCGACCUUCUAGUCGAAGAUGAGUCAAGUAAAAUUGAUCGAAAAGAUGGAAAACGGCACUUCGGGCCACACUGAUCCAGCAGGUGGGACCGUCCAGUCCCACGCAGUCAAAUCGGAUGAGCGUUCUCGCUCCGGAGCAGGCCAGAGUCCAAAUGGCAGUGACCGGGCGAAUCUACCCCCGAUACCCCCUCCACCAGUAGUGCACAUAUCCAGACCAUCCGAGGCAGAUGGGUCAGGGCUUGAAGAAAGUGGGGAUGACAGUUCUGAUGCUAGAAGUAGUGAUGAGCAUGAUGAGGGAUUGCAGCUUGCUGAUGAAAUUGAUGGUGCAAAAUCGGAUCAGGGAGAUGACAAUCAAAAUGAAGAGUCAUCACCCUUGAAAGAUUGGAAACCUCCUGAUGCUGAUUUAGUUGAAAAGAUUGUCAAGCAGGUCGAAUUCUACUUUUCCGAUACCAACAUCGUGAAAGAUGCAUUCUUACUGAAACAUGUGCGACGAAACAAGCAGGGAUUCGUCAGCAUCAAAUUGAUCGCUUCAUUCAAGAAGGUACGAGGCUUGUCGAAGGACUGGAAGUCGGUGAGAUAUAGUCUUCAACAAUCUGAGCAACUAAUAGUGAACAAUGAAGGAACAAAAGUCAAACGAAAGGCUCCCUUACCAGAGUACGAUGAGACCUCAAACUCUCGUACAGUGGUCGCUGUAAAUCUGCCAAUGGAAAAUCCCUCGGUGGAAAAGAUUUCUCACUUAUUUCAGACCUGCGGUGAAAUUUCUCUUAUACGAAUCAUAAGACCUGGAAACCCUAUUCCCCAAGAUGUGCGCAAACAAAUGGAAACACACGCUGCGUACAGCCAGAAGAAAGCUUGUGCCCUGAUUGAGUUUGAAAAGACAGAGUCAGCUCACAAGGCGGCUAAGUCAAUGAACGAUGAAGAUAAUUGGCGUUUUGGUCUGCAUGUCUCUCUACUCAUUAACAGGCCAAAGCAGAAGGAGAAGAAGGAACGAAAGUCUCAUAGGGAGGGUCUAUCCCCUCAGCAAGCUGACGAUGCUGCCUCGGUAGAUGGAGAUGGGGAUGCUAAGAAGAAGAAACGCCGUCGUAAGAAGAAGAGGAAUAGCAAUCGACUGGAUGAGCUAUCAUGUGAUGGGAGCGGGGUGACUGGGACCCCAAGCUCAUCAGAUGUUGACAAUCCUUCAGAGCACAAAAGCGUAAGCAAGCCCAUUUCCAUUCAGCAACACCGAAGUCCCAACCAUCUGAGUCCUUCGACCACCCCUAAAUCCAGCCCCUGCCCCAGCCCCCAUGGUAGUCCACGCAGCCAACGCAAGCAUGGGAAAUCGCCCCUUGUAGUUCCGGGUGUUCGCAACAGCCCCAAGGGUAGCCCCAAGUGCAGCCCGGAGAUGAGCCGUAAGAACUAUGAGUAUGACCGAAGAGGCAGCGGUGGUGGUGACCACUCCGACAGCAGUAAUUCCAGUCCAUGGAUCCGUCGUCGCAUGCUCCUUGCCAGCCAAGAUAAGAGCCCUUUGGCAGCCGGUACCAGCCCCUGUGGAAGUCCCAUGCUUGGGCGGCGUCAGAUGGCAGGUGCUGCAGGUAUUGUACGAAGUCCUCAGGGUCCUGGAGGUGUGUCUGCCUUCUAUGGAGGCAAAGGUCGAGGUAAACCAAUCAAUGAGCCUUAAGAUUACCUGAGAUUUCCUUGAAAAUAGUGUAACUCAAAUAUGAAUGGAUUUGAUUCCCAUUUAUUAUGUGUUUAAAAAUAAACAUGGUCAGUGAGUAGUGUAAAAAUGUAUAUUAACCAUAUAUUUGAUCCCUUUCCUUUGAUGUUGGUUUGCUCGGAUAUUUGUUUUGUGUGUACAAUCCCUUUUUUGUAUUAGAUGAGGAAAGAACUGACAAAAUAACUGCUCAUAAUGAACACUAAAGCUAUCAGAAUGAGAACAGGUCCACUCUGAGAAGUAAAAUAACUGUACCCUACAAAAAAGUCUCUUCAAACAGGUACUUUCAGACUACAAUGGUGCAUGUAAUCUUCAUCACAAAAUGGACUUGUACAAAAAGGGUAAUCAAGGAAUCAUAAACUUUUUUUUAUUUUAUAAAAAAGUUUCCCCCUUUGCCAUUUCCCCCAGCUCCUCGUCUGUUCAAGUUACAUGUACAUGUACAUGUAUAGUAGGCUACAUGUAUUCCAUACAUUCAUACACUUAUAGAUCAAUCUACAAUGUAUACCUUGUAUGAAUGGGAAGUAAUAUAGAAAUACAAUGUACUGUACGUGUAAAAUGUUCAUAUUGCAUCACACUUUGGAGUAAUGAUGUGUUAUUUAAUGCCAAGAGUUGACAAGACAAUGUUCUGCACUACCAGUUGAAAUGGAAAAGUGUACACUCUAAACUCUGCCAUAGUUUGUUUAUACACCAUAUGGUUCCAAUUUGGUACUGAGAUGUCUGAAUCUGUAAAGUAUCAUUACAUACUGUAGAUACCAAAAAGAAUCCAUAUACUGUACUGAUCAAAUGGUCAUAAACUGUUUUUACUUUGUACCUGUUGGCAUUUAUGGAAAACUGAAAAUAGUGGAGCAUUCUCUCUACAUUGCAAAAUGGUCAAAAACUCAAAAGCAAAUUUGUUUCUGUUUAUCCUUGUGAUUAAAAGAAGUUGAGAUAGCAUAGAACUCAAAUAUACACAACAGUAAUUUUGUUCACACCAAGUCUGUGAGGAUUGUAAAGUGAUUUCCAAGCUUCAGCUUUAUCAAUAAUUUUUAAGAUUUAUAUUACUUACUUGGUGUAUUUCUAAGUUGCUGAGGCUUUUAGUAUCAACUUAUGAGCCCAUCUUGACAAUCACAACACUAUUUACGUUGAUAAGGGGUAUAGUUGAGACUGGAGGGUGACGCCAAUGAGUUUCAAGUUCAGAUUUAAAGCUGUUUGAUAGAUGGCGCUUGGACUGUCGAUUGGGGUAGCCCGUUCCAGUUGUUAAUAGAUCGAAAAGCAAGGGACCUUGUAAGUUAAUUGUACAUCUAGACAUGUACAUUGUGUAAGCACUAAUAACACAAUCAUGACAACAUAAGACCAUGCUGCAAAAUAAUUUUAUGUGCUUGUUACUCUUGUGAAAAAUUAAGUUUAUUUAAAGUUACAAGCAAAGUAACAAAUUUCUUCCCCAGUGUUCAAAACAGUACAUGUGUUAAAGUGUUUAUUAAAAAAUAAGAUGAAAGAAAUAUAAAGAUUAUAAGAUUCUUUGCGUACUUUUGCCUGUCAGGUACUACACUGUUACAUGUUGCAUUGCCUGUGUGUUGAGAGUCGGUAUUCAGUAUAAGAAAAGAAAUUGAAAAUACAGUAGAAAAUUCAUCCUAUUUCCUUUAUGGUGGUUUGAUUUAUACACAUACUGUGCAAUAUUUUUUAAUUUUUUUUUUACAUCAGGUUUAAUGAUUUGAUAGGACUUUUGCUAAUUUCAGUGGUUUUUGUUUUUUGAUUUUCUGUUUUAUUAUACAGGUGUUGUGAUAAAAAGGGGCAGAAAGCCCAAAUAGGGAUCCUGAAACAAAUGUGUAAGGACAAUCAGGAGAAAAUUUUCCGCACGAGGUUCUGUUGAAUAGAGGAUAUUAUCUCAACCUAAUCGAGUUUAUUGUGGAAAUGUGGGGAUGAAAAAAAACUUACAAUUGAGGGUUGCUGUACAAAUAAGAACAUUCCAUGGACAUCUAGAGUAAAAACAAGUUGUUCAAUAUAAAACAAGAAGACAACUAAAACAGGAUUGAUAAAUAUUAGAUAUUUAUGUUAAUUUGUAUAUGGAUUAUGAUGAUGUAGUACGAUUCAAAAUAAAUUGUAAUCCAUACAAAUGGUUUUAUCAUCAGCUAUUCUUACAAUGUAUGUGAUGUUUACCUUGUGAAAUGUUUUGAAUGUGCUUUUAACUUUUGCAAAUCAGGAAGUCUUCUUUUAUUGGUCUUUAUGACAUGUAUUGCUAUCUUACUGUAUUGAUGAUAUUAUGCAUAUAUUAUAGAUUCAUUCCGUGUUACAAGCAAAUUCUAAAAGGCAGAGAAUUAUUGUAGGGCAUAUGGGUGUGACAUCAACGUUCAUGUACAGUAUAUUGUCUGUUGUUUUGUUUUUUAAAUAUAUUUUAUUUCAGUGUA